ACGAUGACGAGAGCGGUGCUCGUGAUUUUAAUACUCCUUUCGGUCUCCAGCGUGAGCCGCGUCGAUUCCCUGUUGCAGGAGAACCUGGGAAAUUUCUUUGGGACCUACGGCGCAAACGUUAGACAAGUGAAAAUACCCGAUUUGCUGAAUCAGGUGUGCAAUCGAUCGCAGGGCAACACUACGCGACGCGACGCUUGUUACGGUUGCUUCUAUCGCGCCAGCGUCUUACCGCAGGGUUUCCCCAUGCUAGUGAACAUAUCCGGAUGCGCCGACACUUAUCUCAACAACACCGCCUACGGUCAUUGUCAGGCCUAUUUGCGAAAUACGACCAGGGUGCCCUAUGGACGAAGUGCUAGGUUGAUAUACUGCUCGUUCCUAGAAUGCAUCCGUCAAGUCAAUACGAACAGUUUGGUAAGAUUGAACUCUGAACCAACAGCUAUUAGACGGGUUAUUCGAUACGCUAUUCUUCGAUUUAAGAAAAUGCCUGUUGUAUAUAUCCAGAUAGGUAUUAUAGACGUCAGAUCAGGACGGUUGCGAAGAAUGGCACGGCAAAUUGAGCAGCGGAGUUCUUUUAAAUUCUUGAAAGGUCCAGCACUGAGGGGCGUCUGCAUAAUUAAAGGGGCUAAUGUAUCUACAACGACUACGACUACAACGACUACAACUGCAACUACGAUUGCAACUGUCCGUCCAUCUAUUGAUCCGCGCGAUCCUAUCCAGCCUCCCCAGGGCUAAUCUCUCCACAUUUUCGAGGCCCCACACAAUUUUCUUCCUCGUUAAAGAAAUGCACCGACGAUAUCUCUCCACGCGCGAGAUAACGAUCGCUCGGGGCACGUCUCGCGAUUGAGAUUCUCCGAAUUCUGUAAUCACCUGUAUUAUACUAUAUUGUACAGUUUCUCUCUCUCUCUCUCUCUCUCUCUCUCUCUCU